AUGCCCCAUUACAUGGAGCUCAUGCUCAACAUGAAAAGCGCAUCGUCGGUCGGUGUCAUUCGCAUCAUGCGCUUGCUGCGCGUCGCGCGCAUCCUGAAACUCUCACGUUAUACGUCGUCGAUUCAAACGUUCAUGCGCGCGAUGGCGCUCAGUGCCAAGCCCCUUUUUAUGCUCCUCUUCUUGAUGGCCAUCGCCAUGAUGGUGUUUUCAAGCGCAGUGUACUUUGCAGAGUACACGGAAAGCGGGUGUCGACUGGCGCAAUACUCCAAAGUGUGCUCGCCCAACCAAGUGCCACUGCCCCCCGACCCGUGCUGCGACCCCAAUCCCUUUUACAGCAUUGCGGCGUCGUUUUGGUGGUGCAUCGUGUCAAUGACCACGGUUGGGUACGGCGACGACGUGCCCGUGACGCCCCUCGGGAAGCUCAUUGCGUCCUUCACGAUGAUGUCGGGCAUGCUCAUCCUCGCCUUGCCGAUCAGCGUCAUUGGCUCUAACUUUCAGCAAGUCAUGAAGCAGGCACUCCAGUCAACGAUGAAGAAGAACAUGGCGCUGCUCACGGGCAAAGGCGUCCUGCGGCGACACGAAAUCAAAGAGAUCUUACGCAGCUACAACGUCGUCGGCGAGCACAUUGACAUCAACCCGGACGAGCUCAUUGCACUGUACGACACCAACCACACGGGGACUCUGGAAGACAACGAGCUGCUGUGCUUCAAGAAGGACCUCGAAGACUUGCACAAGACGAUGGAAACGCAUCAUAUGCACAUUGCACCGACGCUUCACGACAAGUCGCGACGGUUCACGCAAGCUACAACGCUCUCCCGACUACAGCAGGCGGCGGAUGAGAAGGACGAGCACAUGGACAUGCUCGAUGAACUUAUCGAGAUGCGGCUUCUCGAGUCCGAAGUGCGCAUUGAAGCGCAGCUCAACAAAAUCGUUACCCUCCUCUCGGUCCUUGAGAAGCGCGUCGAACUCCUCCAAAUGUCCUAG